UUGACCACAUGCCCAACCUAAGGACUGAAGUGUGAAGAGUCCAUGCCGAAGCUUCUUUCAAAAGUGUUCAAUUGAGGUUCUCCAGGAAGCAUCGCUGGUCACGAGAUUGGAAAUCAACAUAUAUCAUUGCGUCCAUUGUUUUUCAUAUGUCACAACUCAGUCAAUUCGUGUCUAGGAAUCCGCAAUCGUGAAAAAGAAAACGGAAAUUGAGAAGUUUACGGAUUUUACAGUUGAGUAUUUCCUGAAAAUCAAAGAUAAUAAAUUAAAAGAAUGAAAUAAAGUGAAAUACAAUAUAUAAUUCCAGGGAGGAAAACCGAAGGUAGGGGCUAGAGCAGGGGAAGGCAUGUCUAACGCUGUGGCGAAUGGUCUGGCGGGAGCUGGAGCUGGUAUAAUUGCUCAGAUUAUCACUUAUCCCCUCCAAACGGUGAAUACCCGUCAACAAACGGAGAGAGUCGCCAAGAAAGUGGCCCCAUCCCGCCCCGCAUCUAGCACGCUUCUUCAGAUUCUACAGGUCAUAAGAAGUGAAGGUUGGGGAGGACUAUACAGCGGCCUUAAGCCUUCCUUGUUUGGAACUGCUGCUUCACAGGGUAUUUAUUACUAUUUUUAUCAGGUUUUCAAAAACAAGGCUGAGGCCAUUGCAACUGCCAAUAGAGCCAAAGGACGUGGGGAUGGUACUGUUGGCAUCUUUGCUUGGAUUAUUGUGGCAGCUUUUGCUGGGUCCUUGAAUGUAUUGCUGACAAACCCUAUAUGGGUACUUGUGACCCGUAUGCAGACGCAUACUCAAGCAGAAAGAAAAAUCAUGGAGGCAAAGAAGGAAGCUCUAUUGAAGGAAGCUAGUGAAAGAAAUUUGAUAGGUUCUCCUAAUUUUCAAGACGGACUUGCUAAACUUAAUGCAAUGAAACCUCUUCCUUAUGGGACACUGCAUGCGGCACAUGAAGUUUAUAAAGAAGCAGGAAUUACCGGAUUCUGGAAAGGCAUCAUCCCAACACUUAUUAUGGUGUGCAAUCCAUCCAUCCAGUUUAUGAUUUAUGAGACGUCAUUAAAGCAUCUAAGGGCAAAACGUGCUGAGAACAAGCAGGGAUUAAAAACCGUAACUGCUUUGGAGGUUUUCUUAUUAGGGGCCUUGGCAAAACUGGGAGCAACUGUUGCAACGUACCCUUUAUUGGUUGUCAAGUCAAGGCUUCAAGCAAAGCAGGAGAUUGGUGGGAACAUCUCAUUAAGAUACUCAGUUUAUCAUUCAUUCAGAAGUAGAUGCUCAACUCUGAGAGGGCACACUGUUUCUCUUUAUGCUUUAAAAGGUGAGUUGAUACCUUAUCUAUGGUUAUCAAAAUGGUAAUUGAAUGAUUUCUAUUACAGGUACAUUUGAUGCAAUAAUUAAGAUGAUCCGUUAUGAAGGAUUACCAGGAUUUUACAAGGGAAUGAGCACAAAGAUAGUACAGAGUGUUUUUGCAGCUUCUGUACUUUUCAUGGUCAAGGAGGAACUAGUAAAGGCCUACUUGGUGCUAGCAGAUAAGAGCCGGAAAGUUCUACAGAAAUGAUUCUCUUGCGCAUUUUAACAUUCCAGACAAGGAAGCUGUCUUGCAGCUUCUGUACAUUUCAUGGUCAAGGAGGAACUAGUAAAGGCCUACUUGGUGCUAGUAGAUAAGAGUUGGAAAGUUCUACAAGAAAUGAUUUCUCUAGCACAAAAAUGGAAGUUGUCUGAUUAUUUGCCGAUUUCUUGCAUUAAGUUUUAUCCUCCCAUAGUUUUAUCAAAUUUAUUUUGUUUGAUGAUGUUAGACAUUAUAUAGAAAUUAAUACGUAAUUCUGAUUAUUUUAGCUUGAUUAAAACUACAUUGCACCUUAAUUAAAA